UGGAACCCAGAGGGAGAAUGCAAUGGGUCCCCGGAGGCUUUUGCCAUGUUCCUUUCUGCUAGCAUCACACUCCCUAGAGACCCCACACCGUGAGUAUAAGACGAUACUUAAGCCACCACACCCAAUUCCCUGCUUUGCCUCUUCAAGCCCAUCGUCCACGUCCUUCGACCAUCCUCAGUGGACUCAGUGAAUCCAUGGAGACCCCUCUGGAAAAAGCUUUGGCCACUCUGGUGUGCACCUUUCACAAGUACUCAGGCAAAGAAGGUGACAAAUUUACUUUGAGCAAACAAGAAUUGAAGGAGCUGAUAAAACAGGAGCUGGCGUUGGGAGAGAAAAUGAAAGACCGUGGGAUCGACAAGCUGAUGGAAAGCCUGGACAAGGAUCACAACAACGAGAUCGAUUUUAAGGAAUAUACCGGCUUCCUCACGGCCCUUUGCAUGUCCUACAACCAAUUCUUCCAACCGGAUGCAAAAUGAGAAGCGGCCUUCAAAAAGAGAGAAGGGGGGAGAGAUGGAGAGAAGGAAAGACCCCCUCCUCCUCCUCUCAAAUCCUCCUUUUAAAGCAUCUCUCCGCAAUGUUAUCUCGAUCUCUAAAUUAAUAAAAGGCAGAUCUUCCCAAA